GGGGGGGGGGGGGGGAUCACUCAAGGACCAAGGUACCAUCCAAUGAACCCAAUCGCAAUUCCCCAGUACCACCAGUACCAGUCCAUGGUCACCCAGCGGUUUUAUUCUCGCUGGUUGCUCACCUGAAUCAAAAAGAAAAAGAAGGGCAAGGCGAGAAACUACCCCCAGGGUGGCUGGCCCUAGUCUCAGAGUAUCGCGAGAAGGAAAAAGCAAUGCGCGUUGCGGAUGGAUACCUAGUGUACGCAGUACACACUCUGUCUCUCGGAGUCUCUGUGGCUCCCAUCACCCUUUCAGUAAGUAUAUCUCUCUCUCUGCCUUGUUGUCGUUCGCUCAACGUGUGCUUUGUCGGCCCUGUCGCUACCCAGGGUGCCAGGCACACACACACGCACUAUACUGCGUACGUCUACGCCUUGCAACGUGACUGGUGAACGUCUGCGCCUGGUUCCAGCGGACGGAAGAUGCCCAAUUUCUGCAGACAGACGCGUAGGCGUAGCGGAUACGCAGGAGAGCCAGACCCGGGUACGGGUACGUAUCCGUACGUACGACACAAUGAUAGCGUGCAGUAGAUAAUCUUGGGAAGACUGCCAAACUGGAGCCCAAAAAGUCCAAAGUGGCCGGGGUCAGGGAGAUGAGCCAGGGGAUCAAAGGCAAGGAUCAAGUGAACAGCCAGGGGUUGGGAAGGGGAGGGGGGUGAUCCGGGAGAGGAGGGGGGA